UCGCCGCGUGCCUCCACCCCCUGACCCCCUCCAGCAUGUUGUUAUUACCGUGUCUGUGGCAGCCGGCCUCCUUCUCCAUCCAUAUGCACUAGCAGUAUCACCUCAUUUAAUAUGCGGCCGGCAUCGUCGCCAGAGCUCUCGAUAAGGCUCGCCAGAGCUCUCAUCUCAUACGCCGGAGGUGCUCCAGAGAGCAGGUGGUCCCUGAUCGCGAAUCAGCUGCCGGGGCGGACGGGCAACGACGUGAGGAACUGUUGGAACACGAAACUGAGCAAGCAGCUACGGCAGCGCGGGAUCGACCCCACCGCCCCAUCGCCGACCUCAUGCACAUCCUCACCAGCGCCCUCUCCCUACGGCGACGACGGCGCGGGAGAGAUCAUCGACGCCACCCUGGAGUCCUGGACUGCGACAAGAAGACGCGGGUGGACCAGCUCAUCGCCUAGCUGCUGGCCGACCCGGCCUACUACGCUGGCUCCUCCUCCGAGAUGGGCUGGAUCAUGGGCUUGAUGAAUGCUGAUUAAUUAGCGGUUAUACAAUGGAUCCAUGAGGCUAAAGCAAACUGACUGAAAUUUAGUCACUUUAGAGGCUAAAGUUUCAAACAUAAUGAACUAAAAGGGACUAAAAUGUUUUAGCUCCUUUAGCUUGUAAGGAAGAGUUAGGGGGUGUUUGGUUAGAGGGACUAAAGAUUAGUCUCUAGUUUUUAGUCCCAUUUAGUCCCUUUUUUGCCAAACACUAGGACUAAAAUAUGGACUAAAAUGAUUUAGUCUUUAGUCCUUCACAUAGGUGCUAAAAGAGACUAAAAGCCCACAUGAGUGUAUUCUAAGGGCAUUUGAGUCUUGUGGACAAUGUAUUUAAUGACUUGAGAAUCUAUUUAGUCCCUAGAACCAAACAAGUAGUGACUAAAGUUUAGUCCUAAGACUAAAGUUUAGUCCUAAGACUAAUUGAAACCAAACAUGGCCUUAAACUGGACUAAAACAGCUGGUCCCACACCCACACAUGCAACUUGCGCUUGCUGCUGCACCCGCGCUAGCUGCGGUUCUCCACCUUCCACUGCCUGGUCCCCACAUAGCAUUUAUGAUUUAAUGACUGCUUUAGUCACUUGUUCCAAACACGAGCUAAAUUUUAGUCAGUCACUUUGGUUUAGCCCCAUGGAUCUAAACAGGCCUUAAGGCUGCUCAGUACUUGCUAAUUGCUUUCAGUUACUAUGAACUUCGUCAUCAGGUGGUCAGCUGGUCAAACCUACCGACCUGAUCAUGUGUUUGUAACCUAUGGCUGGUAACUUGGCACGUCUCCUGACAA